AACUUCUUCUAUUGGAGAGAACACUCUAGUUUUAUGUCAUCAAACUAAAAAUUCACUCACAACUCUCAACUUUAAAUAGCCUCAAUAAUCAAGUAUUCAUCAAUCAAGGGAGAAUUAAUGAGAAUGAGACGUUCAAAGGAUUUCAAGAACUUAGCAUUCUUGAUUUUGCUUCUUUUUGCUUCAGAGUUUUGCUUAGGAGUAACAGUAGCUGCUGAGAAAAAACAGAAACAGAAUCUUGGAACAGUGAUUGGAAUUGAUCUAGGGACAACAUAUUCUUGUGUGGGUGUAUACAAAGGUGAGAACAAUGUCGAGAUCAUAGCGAACGACCAAGGAAACAGAAUCACCCCUUCAUGGGUUGCAUUCACUGAUACAGAGAGAUUAAUUGGAGAAGCUGCAAAGAAUCAAGCAGCUCUUAACCCCGAACGUACUAUAUAUGAUGUUAAAAGGCUUAUUGGAAGGAAGUUUGAUGAUCCAGAAGUUCAAAAAAUUAUAAAAAUGUUACCUUUUAAUAUUGUGAACAAAGAUGGCAAGCCUUAUGUAGAAGUGAAGAUUAAAGAGGGCGACGUUAAAGUGUUUAGCCCAGAGGAAAUUAGUGCUAUGAUUUUGCAGAAAAUGAAGGAAACAGCUGAGGCAUAUCUAGGGAAAUCAAUUAAGCACGCUGUCAUCACCGUUCCAGCUUAUUUUAAUGAUGCACAAAGGCAAGCAACCAAGGAUGCUGGUACCAUAGCAGGGCUGAAUGUAGUUAGGAUAAUAAACGAGCCGACUGCGGCUGCUAUAGCCUAUGGAUUGGAUAAGAAAGGGAAAGAACAGAACAUUUUGGUGUAUGAUCUUGGUGGUGGCACAUUUGAUGUUAGCAUACUUAGCAUUGAUAAUGGUGUUUUUGAGGUCCUAGCAACAAAUGGUAACACUCACUUAGGAGGAGAGGACUUCGAUCACAAACUAAUGGACUAUUUCAUCAAGUUGAUCAAGAGGAAAUAUAGCAAGGAUAUUAGUAAUGACAAGAAAGCUCUUGGAAAGCUUAGAAGAGAAUGUGAGAGAGCGAAGAGGGCCUUAAGUAACCAGCACCAAGUACGUAUCGAGAUCGAGUCUCUUUUCGAUGGUAUUGACUUCUCCGAGCCAUUAACAAGGGCGAGAUUCGAGGAGUUGAACAUGGAUUUGUUCAAGAAGACAAUGGGUCCAGUCAAGAAGGCAUUAGAGGAUGCAAACUUGAAGAAGACGGAUAUUGAUGAACUCGUGCUCGUUGGUGGGAGUACUCGAAUUCCAAAGGUGCAACAGCUCUUGAAGGAUUUCUUUGAUGGGAAAGAACCUAACAAGGGUGUUAAUCCUGACGAAGCUGUAGCUUACGGAGCAGCAAUACAAGGAGCAAUCCUUGGUGGAGAAGGAGGGGAAGAGACCAAAGAUCUUUUGUUGCUUGAUGUGACUCCUCUAAGUCUGGGAAUUGAGACAGUUGGUGGGGUUAUGACAAAGUUGAUUCCAAGAAACAGUAGGAUACCUGUCAAGAAAACCCAAGUUUUCACCACCUAUCAAGACCAACAAACAUCUGUAACAAUUAAGGUAUAUGAAGGUGAAAGGAGCUUAACGAAGGAUUGUCGUGAACUUGGAAGCUUUGACUUGUCUGGUAUACCGCCUGCUCCAAGGGGAGUGCCACAAAUUGAGGUGACUUUUCAGGUUGAUGAGAAUGGAAUUCUACAUGUAACAGCACAAGACAAAGCAGCUAAGAAAUCGAAAUCUAUUACCAUCACUAGUGACAAGUCGCGUCUAAGCCAGGAAGAAAUCGAUAGAAUGUUGAAGGAGGCGGAGGAGUUUGCAGAGGAAGACAGAAAGGUAAAGGAGAAGGUGGAUGCUCAGAACAAGCUUGAAACAUACAUUUACAACAUGAAGAACACAAUCAACGACAAGCUCGCAGAGAAGAUUGAUUCUGAUGACAAAAAGAAGAUAGAGAACGCUCUUAAGGAAGCUACAGAGUGGUUGGAUGAUAAUCAAAACGCGGAGAAAGAAGACUAUGAUGAGAAGAUGAAAGACUUGGAAGAUGUAUGCAAUCCUGUCAUAAAGAAGGUCUAUGAGAAGAGUGGUGCAAGUUCUGCAAAUUCAGGAGAUGAGGAAGAGGAGGCUUAUGAUGAAUUAUAGAGCGAACACACUAUAUUUGUAUUUUUGCAUUCAUGAGUAGCUUUCUUUUUUUCUUUUUUCAUUUUUUGUUUUUUGUUUAUCCUUUAAGAUUGUAGAAUAAACUUGGCCAUUUAAUUUGACUCUUUACUAGUUUUAGUUUCA